UAUUGUUUCUCCAAUUAUGAAGUUAUGCUCCGACUGGUGGAUUAUGCUGUGGUUGUUGGAUACGAUUUCGAAAAGUCAGUUGGCGGUGAAAGUGAAGGGCAGGUCCUACAGAGAUUUCCUACAAAUUGUUGGGAUGAUUACCCUUACAAUUUCAAAAUUGAAACAUUUUGUCAGCCAUGUGGUUGGUAUCUCAGCCGAAGUAAACCACCACCAACAUUCUUUGUCGCUUAUUUGACAGAUGUUGAUGGAAAUCCUUAUUUUGCCGCAUGUCUAACUUUUCAUGAAACUGUGUCUCCUAGUCAAUUGAUAAAUUUGAAAAUCCCUCAUCACACUCCUCACAGUAGAGUUAGACCUACAGGAAAUGCAUUCAGUAGUUAUCCUCAAAAUGGACCUAUUAAUAAUGGUUCAUUUGUUGUAAAUAAAAAUAAAACUUUCUUGCCUACUACAAAUUCUAUUUCUAAUGAUGAAAAGUAUCAAAUUGAUUCUUUAGUUCAUGUAACGAACAUGAAUAGCAAUGCUAGUUCACCUGCAAACUCACCAACCGGAUUCCAAGAUCAAGUAUUGAAUUACUCUGGUCUCAAGUCAAUUUAUAAUGAUACCGAUGAUCCGAAUUUAGUACGUCCACCGGAAUUUUAUGCACCAAAAUGUUUAGUGUUCCUAGCUCGUCAUCAACAUUUUGAUGUAUUGAAAAACAAUCUCAGCUUAUUGUAUACAGUGUUUGCUGAUUCACUACAUCAGUAUUCAAUAGAACAAAUGAUCGCAACUUUAUUGGGUGGCAUAGAAGUUCCACCGACUGGUGGUCCACGAAUUACAUUCAGUUUAGGGGUUGGUGAUCGACAGACAAUUCAACCUGCUCAUUGUAGUACUAUACCUGUGACACGGAAUUGUGUAGCUUUACUAUUUAAACACUUAGGCAUACAUAAUGUGAUUUUAUUAUUCACUGCAAUUUUAAGUGAUCAAAAAGUACUGGUUUGUUCACGUAGUGUAAAUCGGUUAACGGAAGCAUGUCAUGCAUUAACUUCUAUACUAUAUCCUUUAAAAUAUAGUCAUACAUACGUUCCUAUACUUCCUAAAUCAUUGAUUGAAUUUGUCAAUGCUCCAACUCCAUUUCUUUAUGGUAUUCAUUCAGGAUAUCAGCAUUUACUAUCUGAUAUGGUUGAUGUUUUUGUUGCGGAUCUUGAUGGAGGAAGUGUUGUGUGCCCGGAAAAUAUUCCUAUCCCUCAACUGCCUGAUCCAUAUUUCACUGAAGUUGUGGAGAAUUUAUUCCAGAUUUUAAGUCCUGAAUUAAUGACAGCUGAUUAUAUCUAUCCACUUGUUACAUCUAAUCAAUCAGGUGAUUUAAUUUCAUUGGAUAAACGAUUACGAGCUGUAUUCCUCCGUUUAUUUACAUCUUUAUUUGCUGGUUAUCGGUCGUGUUUAACAAUUACACGUAUUCAUCCUAAACCAGUGAUACAUUUCAAUCGAACAUUAUAUUUACUUCUACGUGGAAAUAGUGCACAUAAUGAAUUCUACGAUCGUUUAUUAUCUAGUAUGCGUUUUCAUCAAUUCAUAUUAGAACGUGGUCCACCAUUUCGUGUAUGUGAUAUAUUUGAUGAAGUAUAUGAAUCGAAUGUCGAUGAUCAUUCACUGUUUGAUAGUAAUAAUAACUGGACACUGAAUAGUAGAGAUUAUGAAUAUGAUAUGUUCAGUAAUCAUAAUCCGUCACAAAUGAUCACUGGAAAUACAGCCAAUUUCAGUUUAAUAGAAAGACUAAGCACAAAACUGUUGGAUAAUGAAUGCGGUGAUCAACCAGCUACACAGAUUCUUCCAAAUGAAGCUAUUGAAGCUCACAAACGCAUACAUCAGACACCAUUUCCUGUUUUAGACGCUAAAUUAAUCGAUGAACUAACUAUUCAGUAUUCUCAAAAGAAAACUAAGAAUGUUGUUUAUCAUAAACCGGAACCACGUUUUGUACCACAAGGAUUACAAUUGGAUCGACAAAUAUUCAAAGCAGAAAUGUUUCCUGAUAAAUAUCGUGUAAUUCAUGAAUUUGUUGAUGAUAUUUUUAAUCAACAUAUUACAGAAGCUUUAAAAAGACGAAAUACAAUUCGUCAAGAUUUAAAGUCUAGACCAAUGAGACGCUUAUUCGUUGAUGAACUACGUUCAUAUAUAAUCCCGGAAGCACCAGUAUCACCAACUGUAGCUAUCAAUAACUUCCUUGGUAAUAUGACAAUCAAUAGAAGUACAUAUGAGAGACGAGCUGUCUUAACAUGGGAACAAUUUGAAUUGAUUGUUGACCUAUUAGAUGAAGCAUUAAGACAAGAGACACAAUCAAAAGACAGUGGAAUUACACCAAUUAUUAUGGAUAUAAGUACUAGACUUUGUACAGAAUUAGGCGAUGUUCGUUAUUAUGCUAAUAUGAGUAAUCAAAUUCAGCGUCAUGAAAUCUGGCGUAAUAUUCCAUUUUGGGAGAGUCUUUUUAAUGAACAAGUUAACAAUCAAAUUCGUUUGUUAUAUAUUGAUUUUUGUGAAGAAGAACGAAAAUCUCAUAAAUACCAACAAGGUAAUCAAUAUCAACAUUCGCACACAAUGAAUAUAUCCAAUGGACAUUCAUGGUCAUCAUCGUCGUCGUCACCAUCUGACAGUAGGGCAAAACGAUCUAUUAAUUCGCCUGAGAAAAAUGAUAAAUCAUCUGUGAUAAUUGUUGGACGAAAGAAUAGUAAUAAUAAUAAUAACAAUCAGAAAUCGAAUAUUACAAUUCAGCAACAAAGUUACACAUCAAAUAUGUCAGCAUUAGAAAUCGCUGCAGAAGAAAUGCGAAUUGGUCAUAUGCGUCCAAAAGAAGUACAACAAAUAUUGGAAACACGUGAAGAAAGUACUGUCUAUUCUCAAAUUAUACACUUUGUUAAUUUAAUCAUUAAUUUUCGUAUACCAGUUCAUAUUGGUGCAGCGGUGGCUGAUAUAUACGGUGAAGAUACACAAAAUAAUGAUGAAUUAAAAGAUGAUAUUACUGGUAUAAAUGGUAUGGUAUCAAAAAUACCUGACAGAAUAAUAUCCGAUAAUGAUAAUUAUAGCAAUAAUAAAAAUAAUAAUAAUACUAAUGAUCAUAAUUAUCGAAAACAAUAUACUGGCAGUACUAAUUCAUUAAAUAAUAUACCAGUAACUAAUCAAAUUAAUCAUGCCCUCAAAAUUAUCUCACAAACUGAAGAAUAUGUUAAAAACACCAGUCGAUAUACUUCAGACAAUUAUUCUAAUCAUCUAUCAAAUUCAGAUGGAUUUUAUGGUCGUUAUAGUGCUCAGAAUUUUGACAAAUUAAAUCAAGCCACAUUGUUAAAUCAUAUCACUGUUUUAGAAAAUUGGUUAUUAAAAUUUGUGAAAAUUGUUGGCGAAGAAAACAAUCUUGUACGUGAACGAAUUACUGAAGUUGAGGGGAAAAUUAAAGCCAUCAUAGAAAGUCAUUUAAUCAAUUUACAAGAUAUUUACCCUAAGGUACAAAAUAUUCCACAUAUGAAAAAGCCUGAGAUUGCUAAUCCAGUCCUUCUACCCGGUGAGAUCGCUAUUCCAAUUGGUGGUUAUGAUUGUUUAUCAUGUCAGUUAUUGCCAGAUGGACGUUAUGAACGUAAUGAUUAUCAACUAUUGGAUCCAUUCAAUAGUAAUAUUAUUAAUCCUAACAUCAAUAAUGGAGGUCAUGGUAACGACAGUAACGACAAUAUCAAUACUAAACAACAAGAUUCACUUGGAAACUUGGAUGCAAGUGAUUUAGAUGUGGAUCUUAUGCUUAGACCAUUACUACCUGCUCAAGGAGCGUUAUUUAUUACCAACUAUCGUAUAAUAUUCACAGGUGUACCAAAAGAUCCAUUUCAGUCUAAUAAAGUGAUCAAUCGAAGUUUCCCUAUAUCUGCAUUGAAUACUAUCAAAAAGCUUGGCUGUGUUCAAAUGGUUACUGCUUUUCAAUCAUCAUCAACCAAUCCUAGUUCAUUGACAACAAUAACAUCUGGUUUCCGUUCAGCAACAUUAUUUGUUGGUAAAAAGUCUAGAUCAAACACAGUGUUUGGUAAAAAUACUUCGUCAAGAUAUCUAUCGACAGUAUUACGUCCAACAUAUUCAGCUACUACAAAUCGUCAUGGUGUGGUUUAUCGUACUGAAAAUCUGGAUGUUCUCUUACUACGUGCAUUAACUUUUCAAAUGCUUAAAAUCGGAUUUGAUGUUGGUGAAAUACAACCGGAAACGAGAGAUGAAUUACGUAGUCUGCUGGAAGAAUUGCGUUAUCCUUCAAUGAUGUGCAUGGGAUUUAACUCAGCCCCAUUAGGUUUGCUUUUCUCGCGAUCUACGAAUACAGUGGGUAAUCGUUCUGCAAUUACAGAUCUAAAUAAUAAUACUAGUAGUAAUACAAAAGACUAUAUUUUACCAAAUAUGGUUCGUAUGAGGCAUUUGAAAGGUAAAACCCAUAGAAGCAAUAUGUUAACAGAUGCAAAUUAUUCUUCAAUGACGAAUGGGGAUCGCAGGCGUACACAUAGUAACCAGCAAUUUGUUAACUCAGACAAUAAAACUCUGAUAUAUCAAUCGUCUUUGCGUUCUCCUAAGAACCAUUGCUAUAGUCAACUGAAUUGUAUGCUACCUGCUGCUUUUCAAAAUACUAUUUCUCUUGAAGAAGCAGCCGCUAAUUUAGCUGCUACGUUAAAAGCUUUUCUAGUACCUCCGUGUGUAUCUGCAUCAUCGACAGCUUCUACAGCUGUCGACCCCAAUUUUAUAAGACUAUUAACACAAUCUGCAGGCUAUUUGGACAUGGCACGUUUCGGAAGUAAUUUAAAUCCUGUAAGCACUACCGGUGCAACAGUAUUAGCUGGAACAACUUCAACAACACUGACAACACCGUCGAAUAAUCUUUCGGUUGGAUUGAAUGAAAGCGGCAGUGGUUCUUUAAAUCGUUCUUCUGUUGGAGCUGGAAGUAGUAGUUGUAGUCGAGGAUAUUGUGGUGCUCGUCUUGUUGCGUUCAAUGUUCAUCAUACUUUAGUGAAAUCCUAUCCAAGUUUUUUCAUCAUACCACAGGGUAUCACUCAGAAUUGUUUAGCUAAAGUAGCUCGUUCACAUAGACGUGGUCGUUUUCCAGUGGUCACAUGGCAACAUCCUGAAACUAAAGCUUAUCUAUUACGUGGGAGUGAAAUACAAUCAAAUGUAAUUUUGAAUACUUUCAAAAAUAUUAAAUCCUCAUCUAAAAUCAACACUGGAGAUUGUGACGAUAAUGCUGAUUCUACACUUUCUCACGCGACAGUUUCUAAAGAACAUAUACGUUAUAUUCGUGCACUAAUCGAUAUGUCUUUAUCAGCUAUUAAUAGUAGUCGACCAAGUAGUGUUAUCACUUCAGAAACUGGUUAUUCAGCGACAGAUGAUUUGUCAAAUUCAUCUCAGCUACCUACUGUCGCUUCUCCUAAAAUUCUAUCAACAGAUCAUUUAUCAAAAGAGUUCAAACCGGUUAUCAAUAAACCUAGUCCGGUUGUUUCACAUGUGACUAAUAAUAGAACAAAAUGUAAGUUGAGACUUUCUCUGGUUUUUGAAGUCAACUGUAUGUAGAUUUUUGUUACUUAUGAAAAGGGGCGUUAAUUCCAGUUACAUUAUAUCUAUCUAUAUGUAUUUUAAUGUAAACACUCGUUUUUUUUAUGUCACGGACUGACUUUAGUUAUUCACCUGUUCAGAAUCAAGAUGUUUUGUAUGAUUCCUCAGCAGUACAUAUCCACGACGUCAUUAGAUGCUGAACCCAGAAUAUUCACAUCUCGCGAUAAGCAUUUAAUACCAAGAAUCAUUGGAAUUUUCACCACAAAACAUAAUAACAUAAAAACUGACCCAAUGAAGAUCUUAUUGACCAUUCCGAAAACACAUCGUCUAUAACUAAACGUACACUCAUCUAUAUAUGUGAUUUUUACACAAACUUGAUGAUUAAUUAGUAAUACCACAAAAUACACAAAACCACUGGAAAAAAAAUACAUACUGUAUGAAAUUCAUAUUGAUUAAAUUCACAAAAUAUGAACCUGAAAUAAAUAGUACACUAUACAUGCUGCCUUAUCACAAUGGUUUACUUCUCUAAUUCCAGUCAAUUCACAAUAUUAUUCAACGGUUUUCAAGUCGUUAGUAACUAAUUAACUAUUUGACAUUCAAGAAGAUUAAACUUCACAUGUUACAGCUUUUAAUUAGAACUCCUAGAAUUACCUCUCAUAUUUAAUUCAUAGUGAGUACAUAAUUAUUAGUUAAAUUCAUGUGUCGAUUAAAGCUAUAACACCAUGGAAAACCUGGAAGCACUGAACAGCCGUUUCUUCCUAGUGUGGGACUCGUGAGCAGUUCACAUUCACGGCUCCACAUGUGGGACUCGAACCCAAUACCUUCGAUCUUGCGCGUGAACGCUUAACCUGUAGACCAUUGAUCCGGCAUCCAAUUGUUUCAAUGUCUAACUUUAAUCAAUCCACGAAAUCGCGCGACCGUUCACCAUUGUCUUCAGUGAGUAGCUGGCUCACAACACACACUAUUGAACUCCACUAGUCAUGGCUUCUCACUAGAACUCCCGCAAAUCCGUCUUGAAUUUAGUCACUAGUGAGCACAUGAUGAUUAUUAUCAGGUUAUCCAUGGUAGUCUAGCUUUCAUCGACUUGUGAACUCAACUAUUAAAUUACUACAAUCUCCACAAAAUCGCCUUUCACAUAAUUAUUACGUGGAGGCUAUGGAGUUAUCACUUGUUUUUCUUAUACAUAUAUAUCAUUCACCUGUAUUACCUUAACUUUUUACAGUUAAGAAACACAAAGGUAAGUUCCAAAUCAUACUCAUUAUCACAAACAAAAGAAAUUUAAUAAAGAAAACUAACUUAUUUGAAAAGUCCAAUCAUUUCAUAUAUUUUUUAUUGUUUUCUGGUGUGUGUACAUUUUGCUUUUCCUUUUCCUCCUCAUUAUUAUAAUUAAUAAUUGUCUCCAUUCUAUGCUAACUUGAAUUUCCUUCUAAAAUACUUAAUUGAACUAGAUUUUACAAUAUUAUACAAAACAAUACAUUUUUUAUUCUUUCAACUAUAAUUUAGUUACUUGUUAAUAAUAGUAGUAGUAUUGUCUCUUUCAGAAAAAUAAUCUGCCUAUAUGUUAUGUAAUCGAUUAACUGUCAGAAAAAUUUCACAUAAUCGGUUAACUUUGAUUUCAGUAUGAUCAAUAAUCUGCCUGACUGUUAGCCGUGUUCUUUUUUAAAUUUAAAUUCUAUUGUUUCCGGUUAAGGAAAGUACCAGAAUCUGUAAUUAGACAAUACUAUAGGUGUUACUUAGACACUUGACAAAAUCAUAAUUUCUACCUAGCCAUUGUAAUAGUUACAUAAAUGAUCAUUUGUCAACUUAUUCAUUUUUAAGCAUUAGAAACAGAGUUAAUGGAAAAAUACACUGAUAAAAACAAGUUGUCUAUAUAAGGUAUGUACUUUUCUAUUUUCUUCUUGGAAACAGAAGUAAUUCUUCACAAUUAUUUAAUAAUAUUAGCUUACAAGUUUGUCAGAAACUAAUGAAUUUCAUAGUUCACAACACUAACUGUUCCUAGUUAGAUAAACCUUUAAAAAAAUCUCCAGAAAGCAUUGAAUAGAUAUCGAAUGUUUGACUAUGAAAGUUGAAUCCAUUAGUAUAUAUAUAUAACCAUCGAGAUGAUAGCAACCGACGGUUAGAGACCCUGAAUGACAUGGCUGAAAAUCGUUUGCAAUGGCGCAGGUGCAUCCACUCUUUGUCUUCUCCCGAAUUCUAAUCUUCUGAAUUCUUCAUGUCCUUUUCUUUUUCCUCUUCCCAAAUUUAUUUCACUGUAUUAUACUCCUUGAAUAACAUCUUCAAACCCUAAUCUUUCCGAUUACUGCUUAUACUCUUACUAACUCUAGUACUACGGGAUUUGAAUCGACCACUGCAUCUCUGUGCUAAGGUGGUGUGGCAACUCGAACUGAUGUACGUACUUACGAAGUUCUACGUUGUUACUGACUGACUGACUGACUACUAAUUUAGAUACAUUCGGCUGUUUAUCUUUCUUUCAAAGUCAUUUUUCUUAUAACAUAUCACACUGUGUGUAGAUUGUUGUGUAAUUUAUGAAUCAAUAGCUUUGUAAGAAUGAUAAUCUUGAUAUUUUAUACGAAUAUUCGUCAAGAUUAGAACGAAUAGUUUGACAGUAUUUGAGCGCCUAGCAUAGAGAAGUCAUUAUAUGUGAAAAUUAUAUUUGAAAUAUUCUCAGCGAUUGAAAUUUAACUAAUUCCAACGUUUCGUCCAGCUAACUUGUCUGGACUUCUUCAGGGUAAUAAUCAAAAUUGAAAUUAUCAAAGAAGUUAAGUAUUUCCAUGUAGUUGAAUUCAUCACAUGAUUUGUAGUUAACCGACUCAUUUUAUCCUAUUUUACAAACAAUCAACAUACAAAUAUGAUUGGUUUAACACAGUAUAAUCCUGAUUGUUAAAAGCUAUAUAUUUCUUUGAUAAUUUCGAUUUUGAUUAUUAACCUGAAGAAGUCCAGACAAGUUAGCUGGACGAAACGUUGGAAUUAGUUAAAUUUCAAUCGCUGAGAAUAUUUCAAAUAUAAUUUUCACAUAUAAUGAUAAUAUUGAUAGUCUAAAAGGAAUAUACAUCUUACAUAUUGUAACUAAUGUCUAUGUAUAUUGAAAAAAAUAUCUUGUUUUCCAGUAGAGAAAGCAUUCAAUUAAUUCAUUGUUUGAAUAAGAAAUAAUAAACUCAUUACUACAUUUCAAUAUUUUCUUUACACUUAACUAGAGGAUGUAAUUAAGUAAAUUUCAGGGUUUCUAAUACCAUGGCUUUUUGCGUGUUUCAAACAGAUAACAUCAAUUACACAGAGAUUAUGUGUAAAGACGAAUGAGAUAAUUUUUAUUACACAAUAACAUCCUUCCAAACGUAAUCGACUUAUCGGUAAUUAGUCAUUUGUCUUUUUACCAACUGAACUUAAUAUUAAUGAUUACACCUGGCUACCUAUUGACUGAUUACUCAAGAAUUAGCUUAUCCAUCAUACAAUUGACCAAAUGAUAUUAUGUGUCAUUUAAUUCCAUACACAUACAUAUGUUUUGUUUUUUUUAAAGGCUUUUGCCUUCAUAUGUUCUGUUUUUCAUCUAGCACUUCCUUUGCAUAGGCUUUAUACUUAAUGUAGAACUAUCGUCUUGUUACUGUAAACAUUUUCUUAAUGAUAUCAACAAGAGUUUAGUCUGAUCAUUUAGCUAAACAUAUACGUUUUCAACUCAGUGUGUACUGUGUACGCGUGUGUGUUCAUUGAUGUGAGACAAUCUUCACUUGCUAACACAUCAUAACUAAUAAUGCUAUUUCUGAAUAAAACCUUUUUCUCUCUGUAUUUUUAUGUUCUCGACGUAUUUAUCAGUGUUGAACUUCGAACCCGCUCCAUUUCUCUAUAUUCAGACUAUAUUAAUUGACAGACGUGAUUUGGGAAAUAUUCUAUCUACUCAGUUAUCUCUUUCCUUAUAUUCACAUUAUAUAUGUAUAAUAGAAUUUUAUUACUGUUGUUCCUUGAGUCACAUCAAGCUAGUCUCAAUGAUUUUAUGCUCAGAUAACUAUUGAAUCGACAACCUAUUGUAUUAUUAGUUUACAUCGCAAAUGUUCAAAACUAUAGUAGUUUAAAUAUGAGCAGUAGAUAAAAUGACAAUUUCGACAUUGAAUUGUAAUAAAAUUGAUGUAAUUGUGGAUUACAAGGUUGAUACAUAGAUUUGAAGGGUUAAUCUAACUACAAAGGUAAACACUACAGUCAGUUGAUUCAUUCCUUUUAUGCUGAGUUGGUUUAUAUACAGAUCUGUUGUGAGGUUUGUUUCAUUCAAAUUCAUUUGAAAUAACAGUGAUUUUCGUAUUUCUUUUUUAUAUACUUUACUACUUUGAUUUUUUUACAGAUAAUUGCUAGGUGGAUGUCGUUAGGUAGCCCGUUUUUUUAAUUUUUAUUAUCAUGAACACUUGUAUCACUAUCUUGUUUAAUGUUCAAUCCUUGUGUUCAUGUGUUGCUUUUACCUUAUAAGUUUCACUCAUCAUCCAAUCCAGGCUAGCUAAGUCUGUUUGUGAACCACUUUAUUACAUUUUUUUCAUUGCAAUAUCAGAUUCAUGGUUUAUUUUUUCUCAUUGAUAUCUAAUGUAUGGUAAUUGUGAUUGAUUUGAUACAAAUAUGUAUCUACUCAAACUACUUUUACUUAAAACCUUGUAACGAAAGAGAUAGUAUGGAAAAUGUGAAGCAUAUAUUCAUAUUGAUUUUAUGUAUUAAAUAUUAUCCAAAGCUGGAUAUAAAACUGUAUGACUGAUCUUGAGCCAAUAUCAACUGACCGGUUUUUAUCGACCAAAUAAGUCAUAAAAAUCUCAUCACUUUUACAAAACAACACCAACUUAUGUAACAAAUAAAUGUCAUUACAUUUAAUGGCAAUUGUAUUGUCUGAAUUCCAGUCGGCAUACUUUUAUCCUAACCAUAUAUUUUUCUCACUUCUUUUCUCUUCUAUUUGUUUCAGUUCGUGAUGGUAAGAUCUUUUUGAUGAGUUUUAAAAAUACUUUUCUUAUAUAUACAUACAGACAUUUAUUUAUUCACUCAAGCUAUAUGAAUCUAUAUUACAAUGAUUCUUAUUUGAGUGUAGUUUAUUUGUAAAAUAUGUUGAUAGGCGAACAAUCUAUGAUUGUGUUUGUUUAAGUUUAUACAUCUCUUAGCUGUAUCCCCUCAUUUACAACAUCUUUGUUAUUCGAAGAAUAUAGAAUAAUUGGGUGUAAAAGAAAGUGAUUUAUCUCGUAUUUAUUUAUUUAUUUCAUUCAUUUUAUGAAUUAUAUUAAACUUCUUACUGGAUUUGUGUUUUGUGUAUGCGUGAGAGUUUGCGCGUCUGUUUGUGUUUGUUUUCUUUUCUUUUAAUACUUUUUCAAUUUAUGCGCUGCUCUCUCAUAUUUACAUUGUUGUAAUCGUUAUUUUUUCCCAACUAGUUUAAUAAUACCUUUCGUCAAAUUGUUCUGAGUUAAUUGACGAUGUUAUACAUGUUUAUCUAUUGAAUUCUUGGUUGUUUUUGUCGUCGUCGUUGUGUUGUCAAUUAUUUUGCUUACAUUUUCGUUUAUUAUUAUUAUUAUUAUUGUUAGUGUUUACGUUGUGAUUGUCUGUUGUAAAUGUGUAUUGUUAUGAUUAAUUUUCUUUACUGUUAUUUUUGCGUGUAUGUAUGUGUGUCUUUUUUUCGUAGCUUCUCCAUCAGUUAUUACGUUUUGCUACAUUUAACCUUAAUAGUUCACUAUUUUUAUUUUCAAAGUAGACUUGUAGUUUGUUUAUUAAUAUAUAAGUCAACAUGUAGAUUUUAUUGUCCAGUGUUAAAUUUCACAGUAAAACUACAUUUUUUUGUGUUUUGAAACUUACUGGUUAUGUACCAGUUCAUUUAUGUUUAGAAGACUAACAAGAGCUCGUUUUGAUAAUUACUCUUUGUGGUUAGUCGUUAAAAGUAGUUGAAAACUUCUUAUAUUUGGGUACUUGUAUAAAUACUGCUGCUGAAGUGUUUGAUUGAGAUCUAUCAACUUAUAGUGAUGAUCAGACACUUACUUAGGUUAAGAGUUAUAACAGUUAGAUGGUUUACGGUCCCAUUAUUACCUUAUCGGGAAUUCAUGAGGAAAUAAGAUAAUAAAAAAAAAUGAGUACUUGCCGCCUCAAUAGCUGUUUGCCUGAGCAGAUGAAACUCUCAUUCUGUUCAGUACUCCUUCAGUAUUGAAUAUCAAAUAAUAUUAAACAGUUUAUUUGUUGAUAAUGUGCACUUUACUAGUAAUCGAAAUAUAUGUAUGUUAGAAGAAUGUGGUUAUUACAAAAUUUGAACUUCACCUUACCUACUAUUUUCCACAAACUGUUCGAUGAUUCAAACAAUAACUGCUUUAGAAUAGACUUAUCGUGAGCUACAGUUCAAUCAUUAUUUGUGCAAUAAAAAAUGAUGUACAUUAUUAGGUUAUCUUUCUGUCACACAUUACUUUAUUGGUAUUUCAUGUUAGGUAGAAUUAUUUACUUAUGAAUUAGUAAAAAGUAGAAUGUAAUGCUUGCAAUAAUCAUGAGGAUAUUUCCACUCCUAAUAACAUAUUUGAGCAUUAAUAAUUAGUUAGUUUACAAUGUAGUUUAUAAACUAUUUUGAACAAUGAUAUGGUUGGAGGUGGUCAGUAAAAACUUUUUGGUGCUUGUUAGCAAGGUGUAAACUGUAGUCAGAGAUUUAAAGCUCCAUGUGCAAUUCAUACCUUUUUCACUCAACUGUAUAAUCCGAGACGUCAUCACUUUUCUAUUCGAACUGUGGCUAAUCGCCUAAAAGAUCGAGAUAUUCAUAAUAAUUGAUCUUUGAAUAAUAACCUAUAUUUUCUUUGUAUAGUCCUUAAGCUCUGAUACCAACGUAGUUCACGUGAUGUUGAAUCACUUAAAUUGUAGUAGGCACACUUAAAAUUGGCAUACAGAAUCCAAUCAUUAAAUGUUUGUAAUAAAACCAUUCAAAGGACAUGAGAGCUCUAAACUUUUUUUUUUACCGGAAAUUACUUCUUAAUAAUCCUUUUCUCAUCAUUAAAAAAUUGAGUAUGCAUGUCAGUUAUCCUAUGUGAACUAAACUAUUUAUACACUGAUUUGGUUAUUUCAAUCCCUUCAUAUUAUUGCUUCAAUUUUGAUCAAUUGAUUAUUCUGUUAACUUUUAUCGCAAAUAAUUAUUUAAUGGAUCCAACGAAAGUCGUGUUGUUUUAUUGAGUUUACUGUGAUUCCCAAUAUUGGUAUACUCACUAUUUUGAAUUGAUUGAUAGUGAUUUUACAGUAUCUCGUUUAUCAUUAAAACGUUUGUUUGUUUGCUUGACGAGAACUUUGAAAAAUGUAACAAGUUGUGAAAUAUGGUUUUUUUUUCUAAAACAUGCAAUCAUGUUUUACGAGUUUUUAGUGAAAUUAAUCAUCUGUGACAGUGAAUUUAUUGUUUGUCUUCAGUCACCAUCUUGAAAGUCUGUUUAUAUGGGUUCGUGUAUAUAUUAAUUCAGUAAUAUGAUGCACGAAACCUUAUUUCUGUAUUCAAACACAAACAUUAGUACAAGGAGGCACCAAAUAGACAUAUACCACAUAAACCAUUCGAUUUGUGUGAAGGCUGGGAUAAUGUCCGGGUGCACAAACCGAAGCAGGUGGUUUUCUUACUGGACCACUUCCCGAGCCUUUGAACUAAAGGUCUAAUCCACAAGGCAGUGGAGCAACGUUAGGAGAUGUAGUCCCAUGGUAGUCGGUGACCAACAAUAGGUUCAUACGCCUUUUGUUCCAUUAGGAUCCUGGAGGCCAUCCAUUCAAUUGGUUUAAAAUGUGUGUUUUCUAACCCUCCUAUGUGGAUCCUCCGUACUCGCCAGCCCGAUUAAAGCGCCAGACGUUUGCUUGUCGUCCACUCAAUUUAUUAAACAACACUGCUGUCGCGAGAAGGUAGUGAGUAGGACUUCCUUGUCAGUAGUUGUAUGCAUGUGGCCAUGUCAGAGCAUUUGGAGAUGGAGAGCGGACCCGUACCCGGGCAUUUGGGAAAGAUGCACUGAUCCAAACCUUGACAUGAUGGUUGUUGAAAUCCUACUCGGUGUUGUGACAGUCAGUCAUAAGUCACGUACAGGCUCUUGCGAAUGUCAGUUAAUCUUAGUGCCAAUAGCACAACGUUGAGAAUGUGAUCCAACACCACGAAGUGAAACGGUAUAUAUACAAAGGAAUACUGCAGCAUAUAAUUUACAGGAAAGUAAUGAGUGAAUGUAUCUGUUUCUAUUUUACCGACCUUGAGCCAUAUCACCUAACACCUACAAUCGGUGAUGGCGUUCAUUGUCCUUACCUCCAUCAGGUAGUGUUUAUCUAUCAACAGUUCAGACCGACAUUCACUGGACUUCAUGUCUUACUUUUGUCAUCUCUAACUUUUCAACUUACGCCUGCGCCAGUCAACAUUACUCAUCAAGCAAGGUAGAAGGAUUUUUAACAUUCCCUUCAACUGACAUAAGUUGGCGAAAAUCCAGUGAUAUUUCAUCAGUUACCAAUCCACCAGGAUGUAUUACACUUCCAAGAUGAGUGCUGUAGUCAAAGAGCUCCACUGUUUCAUUCCUCUUGACAGCGUCUUAGGCCUUGGUUCAGACCAGUCGUAAAAGCAAUAUUAUAUUGUUGCAAAAAUUAAAAAAACUUUCAAACAUAUCACAUGAAAUAUAGCUCAUAGUUAAACCUUAUUACUAUAGUAGAUGUAUAUAAUUUUAAAGUACACAGUAAAAAAGAUGUUUAAGUAAUUUUCCCGAAAUAUCUUCGGUAUUUUAUCAUGUUCGUGACAUCUACUAGGACACAACUAACAUUACUAUUAGUAUAUUAGAACUGUGAUUGUAUAGGAAGUUCACUAUUUUACUGUUUAACUCUGUUCUUUCUUUUUCAAAAUGUAUCAUUUGAUGUAUACUAGUAUUAUAUGAAGUAUUUUCCUUUCAAUAUUGGACUCAAAAGUUUCAUAGUUAAGUCAAGAUUAUUGACCUUUUUAGAUAGUUCCAGCUGCAAGUUCACCUGAAUUGAACAUCUGUGUUAGCGAUUCGGAAUUAGUCGAUAAGAUAUCCUAAUAGACCUAAACUUCUUGUUAGUCAGCACUCUUCAGCUUGUUGUACUCGAAAUUUUAAGGUAACUGACGAUCCUCAUAUGAUCCAAACCCAGGUCACUCCGUUUAACAGUCUGAGGAGUUACCUCCAAGCUAUUUGACUCACGAAUGACAACAUAUAGGGCUUAGUUUUUCAUGACUGACUAAUCAGUGCCAUCUUUUUCUAUUCAUUGGUGCUGACCAAAUUCUAUCAACCAGUUUGUAAGGUCUUCAUUGGUCUGAAAGAUUUGACAUCACAUGAGCUAUGCUGAAAUGUCGAGUCACUUAAACUAGUGGCCACAUUAUAAUUUGAUUGAUAGAACUUGGUCAGUAUCAAGGAAUGAAAAAAAUAACACUAGUCAGUACUCAGUAAUUAAUGAAUUUUAAAUAGAAUAUUUAUUUCAUACAAUGUGAGUAUCAAAAAUUGAACAAAUAAUUCUGUUUCUAUUACUUUGAGUUUGUAUUACUUAUGACCAAGUUAUGUGCAUAUUAUACUUGUUCAGUUGUGUCGCUGCGUAGCCAGGCAUUGCAGGUAUAUUAUUUGUGUGAGUUUUGAGUUGUGAUUGAAUGGUAUGUAAUGGGGAAUUUGUUUGGUUUCUAUCUUUGUUUUCUGAUUGAAUACUGGGGUUAGAAGAAGCUCGAUGACUAAUACGCAUUCAUAUUCUACUUAUUGUUUAUUAGUAAAUGGGUCAUUUAGCAAAUAGAAGAUAACCAGUCUUACUGGCAUAUAGGUGGAUUAAUCGAUGACGAAAGAUAAUACAACCCGUCUUGUCAUUACACCUCGGUCAAACUAGAUCAAAUACAACCUAAUCAAGAAAUCUGCUUUCCCUCAAAUUAAUAUUAUUCUGAUAAGAAAAUGUACACUCGUGUCUUUAUUUUUCAUCUGUUUUUUAAAUCUGUUUUUGCAUUAUUGGUUUUGCGGAAUUCUAAUUAAACAGUUUUUUCUGUCUAUCCUUGUGCAUGUGUAUAUUUCAUUGUUCUUUUGUCGAUUAUUAUUUCCAUGUUUCAGCUUUAGGAAGAAUUGGAAAAUUUGCUGCGCGUCGUAAUCGUUUAACACGUUCUGGUGUUUCACCUAUGGGUAGUGUAGCAUCUGGAUUAGAUGAAGAUUUACUUAGUAUGGAUAGUGCAUCACACACUAAUCAGCAUUAUGCACGUCAGUCAUUACAUGAGUCAAAUUAUCCUGGUAUUGUUUACAAUGCUGGUAGUAGUAGUGGUAUAUCCAAUUCACAAAAACCAAUAUGCUUAUACGUUUUAUGUGAAAAACAAAUGACAAAGAUGUCGAAAAUAUUUAAUUCAUCAUCUGUUCUUUUAUCACCAAUUGACUAUCCAACUACAGCAACAGUGACUAAAUCUUUUAAAGGAUUUUUUAAAGCUUGCCUUCCAAAUGAUUCGAAUCGAUCGAAAACAGCUACAAAACUUUUAUCUGCAGCAGCGUCUACAGCUACUGGUGUUUCAUUUGAUCGUGCUAAUACUACUACUAAUAUUGGUAAUAAUAGUCAUCAUCAUCGUGGAACUAAUGCAACACUAGGCGGUCAUUUUAUACAUCAUCAAAAUGAACCUUAUUCAUUUCAUGAUAAUACUAGUAAUAGUAAUGUUAAUGCAGGUGAAACUAUCGAGGCGGAAAAUAUUACAACAUCUAAUAUACCAGAAGCAAAUAAUUCUAAAUAUAUGAAUGUUUUCACUGAAGCACAUGAGAAUGGUUGGUUUCUACAAUUGAAAUCAUUAUUGGAAUUAGCUGGAACAGUGGUAGAUUUGUUAGAUUUACAAGGUGCUAGUGUAGCAUUGUGUUUAGAAAAUGGCAGUGAUGUUGUUGCACAGACUGUAUCAUUAGUACAAAUUAUGCUUGAUCCAUAUUAUCGUACAAUUUAUGGUUUUUGGAGUUUAAUUGAUAAAGAAUGGUUAAUAUUUGGACAUACAUUUAAUUCUAAUUCCAAUCAAACAAUAUUAAAUAAAACCAAUCAUUUUUCACCAAUAUUUUUACAAUUUUUAGAUGCUGUACAUCAAUUAUUAAAACAAUUUCCAUUAUCAUUUGAAUUUAAUGAUUAUUAUAUACAAUUUAUUGCAUAUCAUUAUAUAUCAAAUCGUUUUCAUAAUUUUAAAUAUGAUACAGAAUUUGAAAGAUUUACUAUAUGGUUUCCUAAAUUAAUUGAAAGUUUAUUAAAUAAUUAUAAAUAUGGUACAAGUAUUAUAUCAAAUAUAGAUGAACAUUUAUUAGAAUUAUAUUAUUCACAUUCUAUAUGGCCAUUUAUACAACAACAACAUUAUGAAUGGCCUAUAUUUUUUAAUUUUCGUUAUUCACCUACAUUGAGUGAAAAGGUUCUUAGACCAGCAACAUAUUUAGCUUCAUUUGAUUUAUGGAAAUUUUAUUUAACUGAAGAUUUGGCUUGUGGUUCAGUCUAUGAUUUAGAUCAUUUCUCACCUAGUUAUCGUAAAAAUACUAAUCGUCCAUAUGAACCGGUUUUACGACAGGGAUUUAACAAUAGUCAUAUUGAGCAAACAUAUGCUGUUUUAGGAUUACGUGAAGGAGAAGAAGCUGUUGGUUGGCAAGAUGCAUGGGAACAAGCACAGUCUGAACUGCUUAACUUAUAUUCAUCACAUCCACAUAAACAUAUGACAAAACAUGAUAAAUCAAAUGUAAAUAUUCAGUCAACUUCGAAUAUUCCACGAUCUGUUGUAGAUACUUCUGCUUCUGCCACUACUACUACUACUACUACUAAUACUAUAAGUAGUAGUAAUACUGAUAGCAAAAUAAACACUCAUGUUAAAAUAGUUCAUCAUUCCAAUCAGUUACCAUCACGUUGUACACCAUAUAGAGAAAGCAGUGAACCAAUUGAAAGUUUAUCACAUCAUAAAUUAGUCACAUCUGAUUAUGCAAUGUCUAGACGACGUGCAGUAUCUAGUGGUUUAUUAGAUACUAAUCAAACGAAUAGUGUAUUGGUAUCAUCAUUGACCACUACAUCUUCAUCAACAACUUAUCCACUAACUAAUGAAUUAACUCAAACAUUAACACCACAAGGAGAAAGUAGUGCUAGUAUUGAUUUGGAUAGUACAUUUACAAAUUGCCCCGAAGUGAUUACUACCAGUUCAAUCCCAGUUCAACCAGUUCAAUCUGAACAACAUUCAAAUGAAACAACCCAAUCACAUAUCAUUAUUAUAAAAGAUUCUACCAUGAAUGCUGAAAGUCAACUGAGUACUGACAUGAAUCCACCAUCUACAAAUAGUACAACUAUAACAGUACGAACAAUAAAAGAUUGUAAUCAUUCAAAAUCUAGAGAAAUAUUAAAAUCCAAUGAUGAUCGAACAAUAAAUGGAAUUGAAACAAAACAUCCACGUACCACUAACAAUACUACUGAUAGUAAUCUCAACGUUUUAAAAACAAAUUAUAAUGGUAAUAACAUACCGAAAUCUGAACAAACUUCAGAAGAUGAAGCAUUUCAUGAAGAUAAUGAUUAUAUUUAUGGUGAUCGAUAUGAUUCAGUUGGUGAAUCCUCACUAGAUGAUUAUCAUUUUACACGUCAUGCUAUACUAGAAUAUCACCGAACAACUACUUUGAAGCGUUUAACUCGUCGUACUGCAUGUAGAAUCGGUAUCGGUGGUAAUAUUGGUGUUGAGAGUAAUGUAGGGUUGUCAUCAAAUGGUCAAAAUUACCAUCAAUUGAUGCCUGAUUACUCAUCAUUGGAUACUGAUUUAAGUACUGGAUAUCGAGAUCUGGCGAUUGAAUAUGAAUCAGAUAGUGUAAAUAGCCUUACUGGUACUGGGGGUGGUCUUGGCAGUACCAUGUUACAUGAUACAAUUAGAAUUGAUGGAUUCGAUAUCAACGCCCCUGUACAAGAUGAACUUCAACAUCAUCUGCAUAAAUUUACUUCAUCUCGAAUAACUAACAAUACAAAUGUACAAUGUGAAUUAUGCCAGAACAUUUGUCAAUCAUCAGAUGAUAUUGUUAAAUGUAUUGAAUGUGAUCUAUUAUGUCAUACAAAAUGUUCAUCAUCUAUAAAUUCAAAAUGUUUUCAUUCAUCUGUAACAAAUACUUUGAAUCAAAUCAAUAAAACAGGGAAUUUACUGAAAAGACAUGGUUCUGCAUAUUUUCCAAAUGAAAUAGACAAUGGAAAAUUAAAACAAUCUAAUGAUAUAGAAAAAUCUUCUUUAACUUUUGGUGUAGCUGGUGCUGGUGGUAGUUUAUUCAAUUCAACUUUACCAUGGCGUACUGAACGAGAUCAAGCAUUUAGAUCUUCUUUAGUUUUAAUACAUGACAAACGUGGAAAACGUAAACUAAGUGAAAGUUCUUCAUCUUUAGCACAUACUAACACAUCUGAUUGUCAAUCACAAAGUGGUCAUAGUCUACCCGGUGGUGGUACUACUACUACUGUUGAACAUCAUCUACCGGAACAUUUAGCUUCAGCGUCAUAUUAUGGUUAUUUAUAUAAAUUAGGUCAUCGUAAAUUUUUACAACAAUGGAAACAACGUUUAUUCGCUUUAGAUACAAAUCGGCAUCAAUUGAAAUAUUAUGAAAGUUAUGCUAAUGCUUCACCUCGUGGUUGUAUUGAUUUACAAGAUGUUAGAACAGUGAGAAUUAUUAAAAAUUUUGCAAUUCAACGAAAAUCACCUGCAUUUGUUGUAUUUGAACUUGAGACCAAUAAUCGAACAUACAAACUCGGUGCUAUCAAUCAAGAAAGUGCUAUGCAAUGGAUUGAGCGUAUACAAAAAACUAUUCAAUAAAAGAAAACUUUUCUAAUUAUGAUUUAAAUUGUAGGUAAUGCAAAUUGUUUCAUACAAGCGAAACAUGCUUAUCAAUGGAU